GGUUGAGCUGCACAUCCUCCUCUUCUGCCACAAGGAGGGACUUUCUUCAUCAAAUCCGUGCUCCUCUUUCUGUCCCCGCCGCCGCCGCCGCUGCUGCCGCCGCGGUGUGAGAACAACCAGCACGGAGGGAGCAGAAGCCAUAAGAUGAAGAAACGCUAUGUGGACGCGAGCAGGCUACGGAAAAUGAAAAAGCUGAAAAUAACGGAGAAGCUGUCUGAGAGUGCGUACACCUUCCUGAAGUUUAUGAUGAUGUGGACGCUGGUGCUGCUGGCAGAUUUCAUCCUCGAAUUCAGACUGGAGUACUUGUGGCCAUGCUGGCUCUUCUUCGGGAGUGUGUACACCACUUUCCACUGCCACGGGCUGGUUAUUUGUGUUGUUUUUGUUUGUGCUGCCUUCACUCUUGACAUCUUUUGUUUAAUUUUUGUUCCUUUGCACUGGCUGUUCUUUGUGGCCAGCACCUAUGUGUUGUUCAAUUACAUAUGGCACACAGAGAAAGGCAUCUGCAUAUCAACGGUGUCCCUGUGGAUCCUGCUUGUGUACACAGAGGCUUCACUUCGACUCAAGGACCUUAAAACCUCUCAUGCCAACCUGUCUCAUCUUUUUGCUGCACACUG